GCCCAGCUCGUCACAGUCAGCCAGAGACGCUCAUCCGAGUCACAUCGCACAGCAGGUCGCUCGCUCGCUUCUCCUCUACGCCAAGUUCAACGCAACUUCAACCAUGCCUGGACACGAUUUGGACUUGUACUUCAACACCGCCCUCGGCCUCGCCAAGGAAGCCGGCAAGAUUGUCAAGAAGGGCUUCCUCACCCCCAAGAACGUGGUGGCCAAGGCCGUGUCCUGGGACUUCGUGACCGAGUACGACCAGGCCUCCGAGAAGUUCCUCAUCUCCGGGCUGGCCAAGGCCUUCCCCACCCACAAGUUCAUCGGCGAGGAGACAGUCAGCGGCAGCAACGAGGAGCCGGUGCUCACAGAGGACCCCACCUGGGUCAUCGACCCCAUCGACGGCACCACCAACUUCGUGCACGGCUUCCCGCUCACCUGCAUCUCCAUCGCGCUGGCCAUCAACAAGGAGACGACGCUGGCCAUCGUCUACAACCCCGUCUACGACCACAUGUUCACCGCCAGGAAGGGCGAGGGCGCCUACCUCAACGGCGAGCGAAUCUACGCGUCCAAGGAGACCGACAUCAGCAGGGCCGUGGUCGCCCUCGAGCUUUCUCUGGCUAGGGACCCCAAGCUCCACGACAAGAUCAUGAACAGGGCCAAGAGCAUCAUUUCUACCGCCACUGGCAUCCGUGUGACUGGCUCCUGCGCAUUGUCCCUCUGCUAUGUGGCACUCGGCAGCUUUGAAGCAUACCAGGUUGAUCACCUCCACAGCUGGGACGUCGCAGCAGGCUCCCUCAUCAUCUCUGAAGCUGGUGGUGUUGUCGUUGACACCAGUGGCGACAAAUUCGACAUGAUGGCCCACCGCAUUCUGGCUGCUGGCACACCCGAGAUUGCCCAGUCACUAGCAUCACUCAUCAAGCAGGCUGAUGGUGAGAUGAACGCCAUUGCCAGUUAAAUUCAAGUUACUGUGAUAUUCAGAAGCUGGACUUCUACAUUUUAAAGACUGCGAUAUUUGCCUCUGUGAGGCCUGUAUAAAUUUAAGACUUGUAAAUUUUAAUUGUAAUGAUU